AUGGCGCCCUUACCAGCAUCGCCCUUUACGUGCAAUAUUCUAGAGACAAAUCAGGAAAACGUUCAAGGCGACGGGAACAGGCUUCUUGACCAGUUUCCUGCAUCGUAUCGGGCUGAUCCCGACGACUUGCGGGCCCCAGCUACCCCCGAGUUAAACCUCAUCGCCCAGGAGAUGAAUGUCAAGAGGCUGCAUGGGAUCAUCCACCUACUGUGGCUUGCAGGGCGGCCCGUCCCGCCUCGCCCUCUCCAUUACCAGCUAGCCCUAGGGCGAGAGAUCACCGUCAUCGAACGAAUGGAAGCCCACCUAGUCUGGGGCUCAGGCCGGAUCUACCUCAAGCCCUUACCGCGCUACCUUCUAAACCCACACUUCUGGACCAGCUACCUCUCCUGCUCCCAAUGCCUCCCCCGACAACCCCUAGAAGCCGGCCCACCCCCUUGCCCCCACCCCCGCCUUAAAAGCUGCGCCCUCGGAUUCCUCCUCUCCUACAUCGCCCUCAUAGCCUAUGAAAACGACUUCCUCAUCGCCAAGGACAAACGCCUCAUCCCAUCAGAAAUCACCUGGCCCCAAUGGCGCCAGCUAGUCCGCGAAGUCCUCGCCGGCGACGGCCACGGCGACGGCGACGGUGCCAACCGUUUGUACGCCCACGUCAACCCCCGAUUCAUCUACGGCGAGCUGAGGCUCAACAGGCUGAACCUCAUCUUCUUCGCCCUCCAGGGUCCCCUCUCCACCGGGUUCGUAGCCACCUGGAAUUCCUACGGGGCUUUCUACCGCGACAACUCGGCCUGGAUCAUCACCGUCAUAGCUUACAUCGUCCUUGUCCUGUCUGCCGCCCAGGUCGGUCUUUCGACGACCCGGCUGGCCGAGAGCGACGCUUUCCAGGACGCGUCGUAUGGCUUCACUAUAUUUUCAUUGGUCGUUCCGCUCUUUGCUCUCGCCAUGCUCGUCGGUUUGUCGGCUGUUCUGUGGGCGUACAAUGUGGUGAGGACGAGGCGGUUCGAGGCCAAAAGAUCAAAAAUUCUUGGGAGGGCCUGGCGAGGGGAGAAGACAGAGUCGCAACAACGAUAG